GCCGGGAGGCAACGGCGGACUCGCGCGAUUGGUGGAUCCAUUUAGUUCAAGAAAAUGGAGACCGAACAGCCAGAAGAAACCUUCCCUAACACCGAAACCAAUGGUGAAUUUGGUAAACGCCCUGCAGAAGAUAUGGAAGAGGAACAAGCCUUUAAAAGAUCUAGAAAUACUGAUGAGAUGGUUGAAUUGCGCAUUUUGCUUCAGAGCAAGAAUGCUGGGGCAGUGAUUGGAAAAGGAGGCAAGAAUAUUAAGGCUCUCCGUACAGACUACAAUGCCAGUGUUUCAGUCCCAGACAGCAGUGGCCCCGAGCGCAUACUGAGUAUCAGUGCUGAUAUUGAGACGAUUGGAGAAAUUCUGAAGAAAAUCAUCCCUACUUUGGAAGAGGGCCUGCAGUUGCCAUCACCCGCUGCAACCAGCCAGCUCCCGCUCGAAUCUGAUGCUGUGGAAUGCUUAAAUUACCAGCAUUAUAAAGGGAGUGACUUCGACUGCGAGCUGAGACUGUUGAUUCAUCAAAGUCUGGCCGGAGGAAUUAUUGGUGUUAAAGGUGCUAAAAUCAAAGAACUUCGAGAAAACACUCAGACAACAAUCAAGCUUUUCCAGGAAUGCUGCCCUCAUUCUACUGACAGAGUUGUUCUUAUUGGAGGAAAGCCCGAUAGGGUUGUAGAAUGCAUCAAGAUCAUCCUUGACCUUAUAUCUGAGUCUCCCAUCAAAGGACGUGCACAACCUUAUGAUCCCAACUUCUAUGAUGAAACCUAUGAUUAUGGUGGUUUUACAAUGUUGUUUGAUGACCGCCGAGGACGACCUGUGGGAUUCCCCAUGCGGGGAAGAGGUGGUUUUGACAGAAUGCCUCCUGGUCGGGGUGGGCGUCCCAUGCCUCCUUCUAGAAGAGAUUAUGAUGAUAUGAGCCCUCGUCGAGGACCACCACCACCACCACCUGGUCGAGGUGGACGGGGUGGCAGCAGAGCUCGGAAUCUUCCUCUUCCUCCUCCACCACCACCCAGAGGGGGAGAUCUCAUGGCUUACGACAGAAGAGGAUGGCCUGGAGACCGCUAUGAUGGCAUGGUUGGGUUCAGUGCUGAUGAAACUUGGGACUCUGCAAUUGACACAUGGAGCCCAUCAGAAUGGCAAAUGGCUUAUGAACCACAGGGUGGUUCUGGAUAUGAUUAUUCUUAUGCAGGGGGCCGUGGCUCGUAUGGUGAUCUUGGCGGACCUAUUAUCACUACACAAGUAACUAUUCCCAAAGAUUUGGCUGGAUCUAUUAUUGGCAAAGGUGGUCAGCGGAUUAAACAAAUUCGUCAUGAGUCUGGAGCAUCUAUCAAAAUUGAUGAACCUUUAGAAGGAUCUGAAGAUUGGAUCAUUACCAUUACGGGAACACAGGACCAGAUACAGAACGCACAGUAUUUGCUGCAGAACAGUGUGAAGCAGUAUUCUGGAAAGUUUUUCUAAGACUAGUGAAGAACUGAAGGAGUCCUGCAUCUUUUUUUUUAUCUGCUUCUGUUUAAAAAGCCAACAUUCCUCUGCUUCCUAGGUGUUCUGCAUUUGAGGUGUAGUGAAAUCUUUGCUGUUCACCAGAUGUAAUGUUUUAGUUCCUUACAAACAGGGUUGGGGGGAGGGCAUGCAAAAAAACUAACAUUGAAAUUUUGAAACAGCAGCAGAGUGAGUGACUUUUAUUUUUUGUUCAUUGUUGGUGGUUUUAAAAAUUCCCCCCGUGUAAUUAUUGUGAACACCUUGCUUUGUGGUCACUGUAACAUUGGGGGGUGGGACAGGGAGGAAAGUAAUAGUCCACAUGUCCCUGGCAUUUGUUCAGAGCAGUGUGCAGAAUGUAAUGCUCUUUUGUAAGAAACGUUUUAUGAUUUUUAAAAUAAAUUUAGUGAAUCUAAAAAAAAAAA